GGGCGGAACUGCGCGUGCGCACAGACGAGGCGCGACCCUGAGGGCGGUUGAAAGAUGGCGACUGUCGCCGAGCUGAAGGCCGUUUUAAAGGACACGUUGGAGAAAAGGGGGGUAUUAGGGCAUUUAAAAGCAAGGAUCCGAGCUGAAGUUUUCAAUGCCCUAGAUGAUGAAAGCGAACCCCGACCGUCAUUGUCUCAUGAAAACCUUCUAAUUAAUGAACUAAUUCGGGAGUAUCUGGAAUUCAACAAGUAUAAGUACACAGCGUCUGUCCUCAUAUCAGAAUCUGGUCAACCUGUAGUUCCAUUGGACAGACAGUUUCUCAUCCGGGAACUAAAUGCAUUUGAAGAAUCAAAGGAUAACACAAUACCUCUUUUAUAUGGAAUUUUAGCUCAUUUCUUGGAUGGAACUAAGGAUGACCUCCAAAAUCCAUUUCUGAGAGGGUCUUCACUUCAGCCUUCAAACCCAAAUCUUGGCGAACAACCUAGCAGAAGAAAGCAUAAAGUUGAGAAAACCAGGACUGAGAUAUUAAGUGAGUCCUGUAAAGCGUGUGGCUGAUCUGUUCUCGCAGGAUCAGGACCUCUGAGGGCCAUUCCUGUACACUUCUCCACUUAAAGAAUGUAAAGAAGUUUUCCUAGUUCCCUUUGCAAGGCUUGGUAAAGAACUGUCAUUAGUGCCUACUAUUUGACAAGUACUUAAAAAGCGAAACAAAAUGCACAAGGGGACAAGUAAAAUCUGUAAGCGUUCAAAUAAUAAAAAAAUCAAAUUCUCUUGAAUCGCUUCCCUUUUGUCUCUCCCUAACUCCCUGAUCUCCCUCCCUUCUGUGGAAGGUCCCUAUUAGCAGCUUGGGGCCAGGGGCCUCCUUCCGGAGUCAUUUCUGUGCAUGUAAAUUUGUAUGUACCGCUACUUGACAUGUUACACUGAGAUUGGGUUUAUUUUCCCUUGUCUUGUCAGUAUGUGUAGAUCUUAACUUUAUGUAGUAUUGUAUAGUAUUGCUGAUCAUCCCUUAUUGAUGGACUUUUAUAUUUUUACGUUUUUGCUAUUACUGUAUUGCAAUACAGAAUUAUUUCUUUGUCCGUGCACUAUUUCUCUUGUGUGGACGCCUAAAAGUACAGUUGUGGUUCCAAGCGUACGCAUAUUAAAAAAACAUAGUAGAGGUUGUCUAAUCCCCCUCCAAGAAGGCUUUACAUACCAAGAAUAUAUGAUACCAGUUUCUCUGUUUAAUUGCCACCAGGGGAUGUUGUACAUGUGAACGCUGGCUAAGACAGCAAACCCGUGACAUGGAUACUUUCAGUCCUGUAAGGAAAAAUAACCUCUUGAGCAAUCACUUUUCUGGCUUGUAAACUU